AUGUUUACAUCUUCAUGCGCAACGUGUCGAUUGAGGAGUCUGAUUAGGACGAAGGAGGUGGCCAGGAGGAGGAGAACGGCACAAUAUGUGGCGAGGCCAUUAGCGGCGUUGAGGCCUUUUACGACGUCGCCGAGUAGGCAGAGGAGGGGUUUGGUGCCUACACGAGCAGCACCAACGGCGUCCCCGAAGCUGGUUCCCUUUACGCGGAGGCAGGAAGUCUCGCUUCUUGAGUCUUUGUAUACGUCUGGCAGCAUUACGAGGGAGGAAUGGAGAGAGAGUGUUGUGGUGCAGGCUGGCUUGAAAGAUGAAGAGCAAGGGACAGAGGAACGAGUUAGACGGCUGAGAGAAUGGUACUCGGGAGACAUUGUGCCUGGUGUUCUGCUGGAAGAGGAGGAGGUGAGGGUUUAUGAGAGGUUGUUUGGGAAGGCUAGAGAGUUUGAGGUUGGCGUGGAGCAGGAAGAGGGAGAUGUUGAAGAGCAGGCUGGCACGGGAGUCUUGAGGGAGGGGACGGAGGGAGUGCUGGAGGAGGUUGAGUUUGACGAAGAGCUGGAUAUUGAAGAUGAGGAGGAUGUGACUAGGAGGAGAAGUAGUGGGAAUGAGAGACUUGCGGAUGAUAUCAGAGCUGCUAUGGAAGGCGAGCAAGAGUCGGAGAGGGAUGAAGUGGCAGAAGGUGAUGAUGGACAGGAUGCUUUCUUACGGACACAUCCUCUAUCGAUCGCAAACCGAUUCGCGACUUCGCCCGCUACUCUACAGCUACCGAAGCUCCCCUUCAUCGAUCCCGUCACAGCUAUGCUCUCCGGUAUAUCGAAUACGCACCUGAACGAAACGGCACAUCGCGUCUUUGGCGGUCCUGGCCUGCCGUACAGUACUUCUACACCUACAAGAGGAAGAGCAAUGCCACAGAAGCCGAUUGCGCUUGAUGCAUAUCAGGGACAGAUGGCAGAGAUUGAGGCGGAUGUGUACAUGAGCACCAUCAUGCCGGGCAUGUACUCGAGCAUCAUAAGCACUCUGACGGAGACGAGGAAGCGGCUAGGUACUGCGUGGGCUGAAGAUAUGGUUCGCAAAGCUGAAGCUGGAGAGCUGCGGAUCCUCGACGCUGGCGGCAGUGGUGCUGGUGUCCUGGCUGUGAGGGAGAUGCUUAGAGCUGAAUGGGAGCGUAUGCAUGAAGACGGCCAUGGAGACGAGAGUCCAAUGGCACUUGCUGAGCUUGACGGGAAAGCUGGCGGCGAGAGUGCAAUGCCACCGAUGGGCUCAGCUACGGUCUUGAGUGGGUCCGAUACCCUACGGAAAAGAGCCAGCAAGCUCCUGGACAACACUACGUUCGUGCCGAGAUUGCCAGACUAUGUCCACACCGAAGUGGCAAAACAGCAUGGCAAGUUCGACAUCGUCAUUGCACCACACACACUUUGGCCGCUGAAGGAAGACUACAUCCGCAAGACCCACGUCCAGAACCUCUGGAGCCUUCUCUCAAACAACGGCGGCAUUCUCCUGCUCCUCGAGAAGGGCGUAGCACGAGGUUUCGAGCUCAUCGCGGGUGCCCGCGAUAUGCUCCUCGACUCCCGCAUCGCCUCUCCUGACUCCCUUUCCCGUCAACGAGAUAUUACUGAACCCAUUCAGAAGGACCUCGAAGUGGAAUGGGAGAACUUGACUUCCGUCCCGAAGGAGACUGGUAUGAUCAUCGCACCUUGCACAAACCACUCAAGCUGUCCGAUGUACACACAGAAGGGCUUGGUGAAAGGACGUCGCGACAUCUGCGCCUUCGAACAACGCUAUCACCGCCCUCAAUUCCUGCAAACCAUCUUCGGCACCAAAGGCCGCAACCACGAAAACGUCGAAUUCUCCUACAUCAGCGUCAUGCGCGGCCGUGACCUCCGCAAAACAACCACCUCCACCAUCGAACAAACCCCCGAAGCCCGCGACGCCGCCUUCAAAGGCUACGAAGCCUCCACCCAGGACCCACACUCGCUCUCCCUCCCCCGCACCAUCCUCCCACCCAUCAAACGCAAAGGCCACGUAAUCCUCGACCUCUGCACCCCAGCCGGCAAACUAGAGCGCUGGACAGUUCCCCGCUCUUUCAGCAAGCAGGCCUACCGCGACGCACGCAAAUCCCAAUGGGGUGAUCUCUGGGCCAUGGGCGCUAAGACUUCUAUACCGAGAACCCCGACCAUCAAGCGGAACCGCCUGGACCCAGAGUAUGCGGAUCUUGAUGUGAAGAGUGUCAAGGGGGAUGGGCAGAAGGCGAGGAGUGAGCAGGCGAAGUGGGAGAAGAGGGAGGCGAGGAGGGGAAGGGGGACCGCGGGUGGCUUGAGUACGGAUGAGUAUGGAAGGGUUGUUGUGGGGGGUGAGAGGGUUGGUGUUGCUGGGGAGGUUUUGAAUGGAGGGAAGAGGAGAGGGGGGAUCAAGGUUAAGGGGAUUAGGGAUAAGAGGGAUAAGCGGGGGGAUGGGAAUGGGAGGAGGAAGAAUCUGGACUAG